AGAUACAGGCCGUGCCGUUGUUGAGCAUCGGAAUGAGGAUCUGCGUGAAGCAACCCAUCGCGUGGAAUGGCGGGAGCGUACCGAUCGCUAAGCGGGGUGCGUACGUUUUGAUCUGGCUAAACGAACCUAUCGGGGCGGAUUAGCUGAAUCAACGCUUGGCUAUGGAGGGUGGAUACCUACCGAGGGCCGCUAUCUCGAUCAACAGGCGAUGGGAAAUACGGAUUGGCUUGGGGAAGCCUGUGCUGCCACUGGAGUGCAAACAGAAUGCGAUAUCGGUGACUGGUGGUAUAGAUUCGGGGACCGGGUACGGUGUGAAUUCAUCGGUCGCCGUCUCAUGCCCGAGAUGUGGAUACAGCUGUCCCAGCGAAGGGAUCUCCUCCACGGACAGUUUGUACUUGGGAUCUUGCGUAGCGAGCUCGGAUACGACACCGUCAAUGAGCUUUUCUAAGGAAGCUCGUGUGGUCAGCACCCGAUGGCAGUCCGUCGACUCUAGCAAGUGCGCGAUAGCCGCAGCGGAGUUGCGGUGAGAUAUCGGAAAAGGCUAGAAUGAAUCCGAGCAUGAUGAUGAGCGGAUUGGCAUGACACUGCGUGCGAUCACUCACGACUAGCCCCGCUCUGAUGCAUCCGACGACGAUUGCCUGAUACACGAGAACAUCCGCGAGAGCCACGAUCGCCACAAAUUGGCCUUUGCCCUUUGCAGGUGAAACCAGAUGGGCAGCACGGUGGGCAGCGCGCACGAAUUCGAACUGGGUGAUGUCGGUCGAGACUAUCCCCGAUGGAUGAUGUUCUUUGGCGAACGAGUAGGCGAUGUUGUUUCUGGGGUUUUCCAGGUGGAGGUCGACGACCUGGGGGAGGAUAAGAGAGCGGUCGACGGUAUUGUUGGAAGUGGUGAAGGCAGGCAUUCUAAUGUGUUUUGUGUUGACGGUGGCUCUCAGUCCCGCUCUUUAUAAUCUCUCCGCCCUAGGCCUUCCGUCAUCCGAACCAAACGUCCGGACCUGGCAAUACCCUUCCAGCAAGAUGUAAACUGCGCAGAAACGGUCCAAAUGCGGCAGACAAAAGACAACUUCGCACGCAAGAAGACUGAUGCAUAUGACGGGCCCGCUGGCGACGGACACGUCCGGGCAUCGGAUGGACAUGUCACAUACCCAACUUUUCCACGUCAUUCGAGGUCGAAGUUUGAUCUUCUCCCCAACGUUAGUUGUGGAGUGUUAUUUAUAGUGUUCCGGCACGGUGUUCCCGUAUGUGAUUAUGGCACUUCAUAGUAAGGCAGCCCUGGAUAUAACAAGAGUAGUGGUGUAAACGAUUUCAUUUUCAAAUCACAUUUACGUCUUGUGGC